CAUUCCCAUUCCUAAAUCCCCUCAAUCGCUAUGAGAAAACCACAAAUUCUACGUAUCUCUGCGAUUUCGAUAUCUCGCAUUUUCCUAUUUUCCUACGUCCUGCUUAGAUCAAUUCCUGGAAUUCUCUCAUCAAGGUUUGUUACUCUUGGCUCAAUAGAAAUUUUCAAAAAUCAUGAGUUGCUACCCUCAGAACCAACUGUUUAUUUUCGCUGUCAAGGAGAAAACAAGACGGUGUUUCCAGAUGUGAAGGAGGUAAACACAUUAUACACUUUCAAGGGUGAAGAAUCCUGGCAGCCAUUGACAGAGCUUCCAAACACGAAAUGCAAGCGAUGCGGUCUAUACGAGAAGGACAAUUUAAAGUCUGAUGAUGUGUACGACGAAUGGGAGCUCUGUCCUGAUGAGUUUGUGCAUGGAAAAUAUACGCAUUUCAAGGACAAUGAAUUUAAUGCCACAUUUAUAUGCCUCGCAUGCGGUGCUGCUUCUGGUUCUACUCAAAAUUCGAGCUCCAACAACGAGGCUGCGGGAAAUAAAUCUUAUGUUGCUCUAGUAAUACUCAUAUCAGUAUUGGCUUCUGUUGCGACUAUUAUCGGAGCGAUGGCCGUGUAUAGAUACUUGCAGAAGAGGAAGAGAGAACGAGAUCAAGCACGAUUUCUCAAACUCUUUGAAGAGAGUGACGGCAUCGAAGAUGAACUGGGCCUAGGGCAUGUCAUAUAGGAGAAACAGAGAUUGUUGAGACAAAUCUCCAGGUUUCAAAGUAGUUAUACUUCGCGAAGUCUCGGAUCUUGUAACAUCUAAGCACUUUUUUUUUUUCUUUUUUGCCCUUUUAUCACUAGACUAGCUACGCGUUUUUGUUUGCAAAUUUCAUUGAUUAUAGGUUUCGAAAUUUGUUUUUACUUCCCAAAAUUGGAUUGUAAAACAUUAUUGAUUAUUGCCAAAUGAAAAAUAUCUUCAAAAUUG